CGAUAGUGUAUAGUACAGGUUGGUCGCGCACGGCCAGACGAAGCCUAUGGCAAAGCUGCACCGUCACUUUUUCUGUAGAGCUGAGUGAUAGUUAUCGUCUAGCUGCCAGUUAUCGCAGCCGACAGCUAUCGUCUAGCUAACUUUGAUCGUUUUGAUGAACUCACUAUUAUGGUGUGCUGGGAACAACAUCAGACCAAAAUUGGCAUAUGUAAAAGUCUCUGCUUAUGAAAAAUGGCUUCGAUUAAUAAUGUCGACCCAUCUGAGGCACCAAGUAAUGCGAAUGAAAAAGAAAAUAGGAAUACAAGAUUGGUUAAAAAAGGAAUUAUUAAUUAUAAAAUCCCUAAGUAUGCAAAAGACAUUCAUUCGAGCAGUUUUUCAACCAACAAAUCUAGAUGGAGUCGACUACUAUUUCUUGUAGAGUUUUUAAUAGCUAAUGUUUGGAUUGUAAGCUAGUAAUAAUUAACUUUGGUUUUAAUUAAGGCACAUCAACUACAAAGGGAUGCAGGUGUCCAACUUCUCAUUUUUGGAUACUUCCCCAAUCCAACAGUAGGAAGUUGUGGCAGUUGGUCAUUUGGUAAGACCAUGAAAUUGUUGAAAAAGAAGUCUGAUACCACAAAGUAUUACAAAUAUUGGGAAAAAGUGUUUUCCCUGAUUGAAGAUACACAUGUUUUUUAAAUGUCUAAUGUAUUUUAAAUUGCUCUACUAUGCUAUGAAAUUUUUUUUUAGCACAACGGCAGAAAAAAGAGACAGUUGAGGUUGGAAAAUGCCAUGAAGCAGCAACUUUCAAUGUUAGCGCCUCUGUAAAUAUGGAUGGUUGUGAAAGUGCUUCAGAUGUGGAAAAUGAAUCUGAAGUUGAGGUUGGAAAAUGCCACGAAGCAGCAACUUUCAAUGUUAGUGCCUCUGUAAAUAUGGAUGGUUGUGAAAGUGCUUCAGAUGUGGAAAAUGAAUCUGAAGUUGAGCCUCUUGAAAAAUUCAUUAGUCCUUCUGUUAAGGAUAAUUCAAUGGGAACAUUAGAAUCGGUGGAAUUUGAGUCAAUGGAAGCAAUGGAUCAAUUUAAAAGAUGGCUAGAUUCAGCUGAUGCAAGAGUAACAGAAUCAAGUGUAACAGAACUAAGUAAUUUUUGUGUGUUUCAAUAUUGUGUUUAUUGAGCGAUAGACUAAUUUUGAUGUUUAGUUUUGACUAUAGAUCCGGCCACUUCGACAGUAUCUUUACCACCAUUACUCCAACAUGCAACUGUCAACGCAAAAACCCCACCGCCGCCAGCCUUGAAGGUUCUAGACACACGUUGCUCAUCAGUUUCCGUCACAUUGGACGAUAAAGCUACAGGAGCACUUACACCUACGCCACUAGCCACUAAAUAUCCGGCAACAGCGCCGCUGUCUACAGAUUCAUCGUCUACGCCAUUAGUUUCCUUGGCCGCUAUAUGUGUCAGUAGUGCCGCUAAAAUUUCGACAACGCAGCCAGCCACAAAAGAUCGGGCAACAUCGCAACUACCUGUAGUUUUUGGUCGUGCGCCGUCAGCCGCUAAAGCUAAGGAAACACCAACGCUGCCAGCCACAAAAGAUCCGGCAACAAAAUCGCUGCCUACGAAUUUGGAUCCAAUGCCAUGUGUUCCAUUGGACGUUCCGUGUGUCACAUUGGCCGCUAAAUCUUCGAAAACGCUGCAAGCCACAAAAGAUCCUGCCACAACUUCGCUGCCUACGGAUACUGGUCCGGUGCCGUGUGUUCCAUUGGACGUUUCCUGUGUCACAUUGGCCACUAAAGCUUCGAAAAUGCCGCAAGCCACAAGAGAUCCUGCCACAACUUCGUUGCCUACGGAUUCGAAUCCAGCGCCAUCAGUUCUAUUGGACGUUCCGUGUGUCACAUUGGCUACUAAAGCUACAAAAACGCCGCAAGCCACAAAAGAUCCUGCCACAACUUCACUGCCUACGGAUUCUGGUCCGGUGCCGUGUGUUCCAUUGGACGUUUCCUGUGUCACAUUGGCCACUAAAGCUUCGAACACGCCGCAAGCUACAACGUCGCUGCUACGGAUUCGAAUUCGGCGCCAUCAGUUCUAUUGGACGCUUCCUGUGUCACAUUGGCCACUAAAGCUUCGAAAACGCCGCAAGCCACAAAAGAUCCUGCCACAACUUCGCUGCCUACGGAUUCGAAUCCGGCGCCAUCAGUUCUAUUGGACGUUUCCUGUGUCACAUUGGCCACUAAAGCUUCGAAAAUGCCGCAAGCCACAAGAGAUCCUGCCACAACUUCGUUGCCUACGGAUUCGAAUCCAGCGCCAUCAGUUCUAUUGGACGUUCCGUGUGUCACAUUGGCCACUAAAGCUACGAAAACGCCGCAAGCCACAAAAGAUCCUGCCACAACUUCGCUGCCUACGGAUUCUGGUCCGGUGCCGUGUGUUCCAUUGGACGUUUCCUGUGUCACAUUGGCCGCUAAAGCUUCGAAAACGCCGCAAGCCACAAAGGAUCUGGCCGCAAUUUCGCUGCCUAUGGAUUCGAAUCCAGCGCCGUCAGUUUCCGCCGCAUCGGCCAUUAUCAGGAAUCAGCCGCCGCGGAGUAAUGCUAAAAAACGAACAGCCACUGAAGUUUUAGCAUCAAAAACGCUCCCUGCUGAAUCGUGUCCUACACCAUCGGUUUUGGCCACACUGAUUGCUAAACGGAAACAGCCACCCCGGAAAAAAGCUAAAAAAACGGAAGUGGAGGCUAAAAAGACAAAUAAAACAAGCUGUAAUGCCGAUGUUUGUUUAGAGCCAAAAUCGCCUGAUUGGGUUCGUUGUGACAAGAAAUCUUGCGCUAGAUGGUUUCACCAAAAAGGAGUGUUUGGGCUUCAAACGCGGUGACGUGACAAGAAAAACCAAGUUUAUUUGCCCACAAUGCAAAUAAAGCGUUUCAGUUUUAACGUUUUCUAAGAUAAUGUUUUGUGAAAUGGUUGAAACAAUUUUUAUAUGCAUGUUUUUUAAUCUGCUUGUUUUGUUAAAUGCUUAGCCUUGAAGAAAGCAGACGUUAAGGACAAGGGCCCUACUUUUGUUCGAAUGGCUGUACGAAAACAUUGAGCCCAUUAUGUCGAGCGUAUUAAAGAAGCCAUUUUAAAUUGAUUUUAAUGAUUUGGUAACCAAGAAAGAAUUCGGAUAUAACA